AUGGUACGUUCAAGUCUCCUAAAUGUCUCAGACCACCAUACCGACUCUAUUCCGCUAGGAAUUGGCUUAUUUUUCAUCGCGUCUGCUGUGGUCGCACUAUGCGCCAACCAUACGAGGCGGGUUUCAAGAAAAGAAGCAAAUAAAGAUGGCUCCUUUGGUCGUACUGAUAAGAGGUUUGAUUCAAGUGAGGAGGAUCAUUAUCAAGAAAAGUUUCCACCAAGAUCGCCGUUGAGGUCUCCAAAGCAAUUGAUCACCACCAUAAGUGGUCAUACUGAUAAGAGGUUUGAUUCAAGUGAGGAGGAUCAUUAUCAAGAAAAGUUUGCACCAAGAUCGCCGUUGAGGUCUCCAAAGCAAUUGAUCACCACCAUAAGCAAUAAGGCGAUGAAUUCGUUAGUUGUCAACCAUAAAAAAGGCGGUGGCGGCCAUGGCGGUGGUGGUGGUAAGGCGGUGGAGGAAGGGUUUGGAGAAGGUGGUUUAUGGCAGAAAGAGAUAUUGAUGGGAGAGAAGUGUCAACCACCGGAGUUUUCUGGGGUUAUAUUUUAUGAUUACGAUGGGCAUCAAGUUUCGGAGUUCCCUCCAAGAUCUCCGAGGUCACCACGGGUUUCCCCUUUGCCGGAUUUUACUUUUCCGGCUAUCAAAGAAUCAAGUUAG